UAUAAUUAUGGUAGGAGCCUGUCAGGGAGUGAGGAGAGAAGUGCAGACAAGGGUGGAAGACAGGAGAGGAGAGACAGUGAGAGAAACGAGAAUUUAGAAGAAAGAAACAUAACGAAAAGAAAGCUAGCAGAAAAAAAGAACUGCAGAGAGAGAGAGAGAGAGAGAGAGAAAUAGCUGAAGCGACUGAGGGCACAGACUGGGAAAAAGAAAGAAAGAAAGAAAGAAGGAGAGGAACUCCCUUCAUCUGGGACAACUUAGUCCAACUGCCGCGCUGGGCUGCUCACACACACACACACACACACACACACACACUUCUUCCAGUGCACGGCGCACGCACACACAUCCAUUCACACUCUGGGGGCUGCGUGGUGCUGGUCAGAGUUGAGAGCAGAGCUGCGCGGGUCUCUUCAGGGAGCGAGGACUCUCCUCCUUGUUCUUCCAGUCUUCAUUCAGCGGGCUGACCUUCUCACCGACGCCUCCAUCUCCACGGCCAUCUGUCCUGACAACAGAUAAGGAUUACUCAUUUUGUCGUCUGUUUCUCAGCUUAGGUUUUUCGGGGGGGGGUUCGUUUUUUGUUGGCUGAUUCUUUUUUUUCCGCUGAUACAUUUUGCGCGAACUUUUAUCAUCACAAAACUUGGAGGACAGAGUUGGAAGAAAAAAAAGCAAAGCCGGGGCAAGAGAGAGAGGCAAGGAGAUCACAGGAAUCCUAGAAAGAGGGAGAGGGGACACGAGAUACCAGCCAAGAGGUGAGCAACGCUGGGGAAAGGGAAGAGGAAAAUAACAAAGACAGACUGUUUUCUUUACAUCCCUCCAUCAGUGGAUGACAGCUCGAUUUAAAAAGAGCGUUUUGGUCCGAUCGACUACUCCUCUUACCGUCGCCGCUCACCAGCAUCUCAGCAUCUGUCCAUCAGAGGCGCUUCACUGAAACUUUUGCAGCGUUCAACAAAGAACACGCCAAUCAGCGUUCUGGCCUAUCGGCAAGAGCGACCAAUCAGCCGAGCAGCCAAUCAGCCGUCAGCUGCUUCCCGCUCCAGCAUGUCCAGGGUCUUGCCUCUGCUCAGCUGCGUGCUGCUGCUCCUCUACGCCCAGAGCUGCGGCUCGUCCCAGCCCGCCUCCCUGAGCGUGCACGCCCUCCACCACCCCCACCAGCCCCAGGCGGCGGCGGCGGCGAUGGUGAUGGGAUCAUCCGCCGCCACCGCCGCCACGGUGGAGGUGGGGAAGGAGGAGGAGGAGGAGGUGGAGGAGGAGGAGGAGGCGGCGGUGUCGGAGGGAGAGUGCCCGUCCUGCGUCCUGGCCAGGAUGCGGAGGAGCGGCGGCGGUGGCGGGCCGGAGGAGGAGCGCGGGGCCAUGGAGGAGGCGCAGCAGGACGUGGUGGAGGCGGUGAAGAGGCACAUCCUCAACAUGCUGCACCUGGAGGACCGGCCCAACAUCACGCGGCCGGUGCCCCGUGCCGCGCUCCUCAACGCGCUGCGCAAGCUGCACGUGGGCCGCGUGGCCGCCGACGGCAGCGUGCAGAUCGAGGGGGAGGAGGAAGGGAGAGGAAGAGGAGGAGGAGGCAGGGGAGGAAGAGGUGGAGGAGGUGGAGGAGCGGCGGAGGCAGGAGCCGGAGUAGGGGGAGAGGGGGACUCCGGGGAGCCGACGGAGACCACCGAGAUUAUCACCUUCGCCGAGGCUGGAGACUCCCCGGGCGUGAUCAACUUCAUGCUGUCCAGGGAGGGCGGCGAGCCCUCCCUGGUGGAGCAGGCCAACGUUUGGCUCUUCCUCCGCCUGGCCAAGAACAACCGCAACCGCGCCAAGGUCACCAUCCGGCUGAUCCAGCAGCACCCGGCGGGGCCCGGGGCGCCCGCCCAGGCCCAGGGCGACGUCCUGCUGGCCCAGAAGACGGUGGACACCCGCCGCAGCGGCUGGCACACCUUCCCCGUGUCGGGGGCGGUGCAGGCCCUCCUGGAGGCCAGCGCGACGGCCGCCCCACUCAGCCUGCGCGUGUCCUGCCCGCAGUGCGCCGGGCUGGGCGCCACCACCGUGCUGGUGUCGGGCCGGGCGUCCCAGCGGGAGCAGUCCCACCGGCCCUUCCUGAUGGCGGUGGUGCGGCCCGGCGUGGACGGCGAGCCGCGGCGGCGCCGGCGCCGGGGUCUGGAGUGCGACGGCAAGGUGCGCGUGUGCUGCAAGCGGCAGUUCUACGUCAACUUCAAGGACAUCGGCUGGAACGACUGGAUCAUCGCGCCGCCGGGCUACCACGCCAACUACUGCGAGGGCGAGUGUCCGUCGCACGUGGCCAGCAUCACAGGCUCCUCGCUGUCCUUCCACUCCACCGUCAUCAACCACUACCGCAUGCGGGGCUACAGCCCCUUCCAGAGCAUGCGCUCCUGCUGUGUGCCCACGCGCCUGCGGCCCAUGUCCAUGCUGUACUACAACGAGGAGCAGAAGAUCGUCAAGAAGGACAUCCAGAACAUGAUCGUGGAGGAGUGCGGCUGCUCGUAAGAACGCCGACUCCUCCCCCCCCCCCCCCAAUCGCCCGACCCCACAUCCCAAACCCCAACCUUCCCCCCCCACCCAUGCCCCAACCACUCACCCGCAUCCCAAACCCCCACUGGGCACCGGGGCUCCAUUUGAAGUGGACUGCAGAGGGCUGAAGAGUAGAGUGACAGAGCGAGGCAGAGUGAGAGAAGUGUUGCUAGACAGACUUUUAAACCCAAGAGAACGAGAGGAUGACCCCGAAAGGUCAAAGAAAACACAAGCACCCAAACCAAGGAGGCAGGCGGGACGGUGGAGAGCCAGGGGAGACUCUUGUUCAUCGUUACAUCAUUCUCGUGGUUCUUCCUAACCCUAACCUUCUCUCCGUCCAUCCAUCUGUCCCUCAGUCCGUUCGUCCGUCCGUCCGUCCGUCCGUCCGUCCAUCCAUUCGACCAAUCAUCCAUCAAUCCAGCAUCGCUCAAAAAGGGGAAAACGAGGUCCAGCAGGGAGAGAGACUGAGAGGUAUAGAGCGAGAGAGAGAGAGAUAAAGAGGGAGGGAGGGAGAGUCUCUACAGCACUUUCAGAAAGAAAAAAAAGAAAAACAAUAUUGAAAAAAAAAGAAUAUCUAAUAUAUUUUUGUUACAAAACAGAGUGAGGGAGGCUAGAUACUUAUUUAUGAUGCAGAGGGAGUCCUGUCCCUCUCCCCCCUCCGAUAAAUGUAAGUGGGAGAGGGAACGAGGGAGAGAGAGAGAGAGAGAGAGAGAGAGAGAGAAAGAGAGAGAGAGAGAGAGAGAGAGAGAGAGAGAGAGAGAGAGAGAGAGAGAGAGAGAGAAAGGGGAGAGAGAACAAACGAAGAAGACCUAACAAUCUAAACUAUGCAACUUGUUUUGAGUCUUUGAGAGCUUCUUGUGUUUCACAUUGGUGUAAGAUGCAUUUGUUUUACAAUUUGUAUCAGUGCCAUAUGUUGAUUGUUUACUUAUUUUUUAUCACGUAAAAAAAACAACAGAGAAAGACUCUGACAAUUAUUCAGUGUGUUUGUGUGUGUGUGUGUGUGUGCGUGUGUGUGUGUGUGUGUGUGUGUGUGUGUGUGUGUGUGUGUGUGUGUGUGUGUGUGUGUGUGUGUGUGUGUGUGUGUGUGUGUGUGUGUGUGUGUGUGUGUGUGUGUGUGCGUGCGUGCGUGCGUGUGUGUGUGUGUGUGUGUGUGUGUGUGUGUGGGUUGAGAGAUACUUGAAAGAAACAAGUUGGCCCAGCUGCUGGUACCAAACACUUCUUUAUGUUAUCAUUAUUGUUCUUUUGUUGUUGUUUUUUUAUCAUUAUUGUAAGUAUAAUAAUAAUGUUAUUGCUGUUAAUAAUAAUAAUAAUAAUAUUUCAUUUUGGUUACGUAUGUUCGUUUUAUUUUGUAAAGAAACGUUAGAUACGUUUUGUUUAUUUUUGCACUAUAGUGACACUAUGUAGAGACUAGCUGCAGACAGACAGGAGGACAGGUUCACAGAACACAGACAAGAGACUGAGGAGGAGGCCGGAGAGCCAACCCCAGCUCUAGGCUGCCAUGCAUCCCAUCAAACUGCCCUUGAGAGAAAACCUUACCCAAUGCAAAGACAACGAACUGUCAUUCUGCAUGAGAUGGGCAGCAAAACGCCUAAAAUGUAAACUCAGAUUUUAGCCUGAAUUCCAUGAAAUGGCUGUCCUGAAACGUUUUGCUCAUGAGUAAAGGCAGCAGACAGUAGUGAUAGACACCUAUUGACUUGUUAUCAUGCACUGUUAAGUUAAAUCACAAGGCCUGAUUGUAUGACAAACUGCAUGAAAUCACUUAAUAAAAAUUCCCUUGUCUGUUUUAAAUGCAUGGCUUUUGAUUUAGAAGAUAAUUAAAGGCACUUUAAUACUCAUGAGUCAUGGGCGUCUAUUAAGAGAAUAUUGAAAAGGAAAACAAAAUGUGCCACGAGCCAACAGCAGACAUGUUUCAGGAGCUUUAAAAUGACAAUGAAACAACAAAACAAGUCAUGUAUGAUUUGGUUGACCAUUGGUUUACCAUAGAAGCUUGAGCACAAGUUUGGAAGAAAAAUACCGUGGCAAGUUAAUUAACCUCACAUGUCAGUUUUAUAAUCUUCAUAAUCAAUAAUAUCGCUUCCUAUACAAAGACUAUUCUAUUCCCUUUCCUUAAGAGGACGAUUCCAUUUUUGUAGUUCUUAAUUAGUUCCAUGUUUCCCCAAUUGUAUCAACUGUCGAACAUACUUCCCUUCAUUCCUAGAAUGAACUCCACUUCCCAUAGUUCCAGAGCACUGAGAGCAGUGAGGCAUAGAGAUGUAUUGUAUUUUUCAAUAAAGGUCGCUGAAAAUGACGGUGAAUAUGCGCAAACCAAUCAUCCCUUUUAAUGACGUACCAGUUGAUGUUUUUGUGUUUGUCUGGGUGUCGAGAGGACGGUGGUGUCCUUUAUGUCUGUCUGUCUGUCUGUCUGUCUGUCUGUCUGUCUGUCUGUCUGUCUGUCUGUCUGUCUGUCUGUCUGUCUGUCUGUCUGUCUGUCUGUCUGUCUGUCUGUCUGUCUGUCUGUCCAUUCUUUGCACAAAGCCAAGCCUAGAUACAAACUGUACCAUUCCCUUCUUAACCUGCAGUGUGUAAACCUUUACCUAGAGACUCAUAGAGUACCUGUUCCAUGCUGUGUCCGAUUUGUGAGGUGAAAAAAAAUGUUACAGAUUCAGAAAAAAACGACCCUCAAAUACAAGCAAAGAGUUGUACAGAAGAAAUAUGUGGUUGUGUUUGUUCCAAUUCUUUUUCAUUGAAAUUAUAAAAGAUCAAAAAAAUAAAUAACUCUUGACACUGAACAAGUGAACAAUGGAUAAAAAGUAUAUUUUUUAUUCUGUAUACAUGGAAAAAAAGAUACCAGUAUGUUGCAUUGCUUUGUUGUACAAAUCAAAAUGUGCUUGUGGCUACGUUUUUUUAAUCUAAUUUAUUUUUCAGUAUUUCUUUUUGAUCUUCUGCGUCACCAUUAAAGUUAAACGGAUGUACACCAAGAA